AUGAUGCGACCAGUAUCAAUGGCGAAGUUGGAGAGCAUCAAAUCUGCCAUCUCUAGUGAUCCUCAGCUGAGUCAUGUUCUUGACUAUACAGUAAAUGGUUGGUCAAAGUAUGCUUAAGAUGUCCCGGAUUAACUCCGUCCUUAUCAUGCUGUCCGUGGUAGUCUCUCUGUAGUGGAUGGCAAGAUCAUUUAUCAAAAACCGCCUAGUAAUACCUCCUACACUACAGCCUCUCACUGAAAGAGCAUGGAAGAAGAUUGGUGCAGACCUGUGCGAUCAUCAAGGGAAGCAGUUCUUAGUGGUCAUCAACUAUUAUUUAAGAUUUCCAGAAAUAGCUUUCACGUCGAUCACAACUAGCGAUGCUGUGAUCAACAAGCUAUAGGACGUCUUUGCCCUAUAGGGAAUACUAGAUGAAGGAGUGAGUGAUAAUGGACCUCAAUUUGGCUCUGACCAGUUCCACAAGUUUAGCCAAGAGUAUGACUUUAAACAUACUACUACCAGCCCAUAUUUUCCACAAGCAAAUGGAGAAGCAGAAAGUGGAGUCCGCAUCGCUAAGAAGAUACUGAAGCAGCAUGACCCCUUUCUUGCACUUAUGUCGUACCUAGCUACGCCUCACACAUUCACAGGUGUAAGACCGUGCCAGCUGAUGAUGGGAAGAGAGAUCCGCGCUCUUCUGCCUACAUUGGAAUCCAACUUGAAGCCGGUUCCGCCGAACCACGAAGCAGCUGCCAAAAAAGAUGAGCAGUCCAAAACUGCAUACCGUCAGGACUUUGAUACGAGACAUGGAGUGCGACCCCUUUCCAACCUACAGCCAGGUGACUCAGUCCAUGUGAAAUUAGAUCUGCCGAAAGGAUGGAAGACGCCUGGGAAAGUCAUUAGAAGAAGCCCUACUCCCCGGUCGUAUGUGAUCCAGACACCUUUCAGAGUGGUGCGUAGAAACCGCAGACACCUACGCAAAGUCAGCAGUCCCAAUGGACUUGAGAUGUCUGAUGAACACGAUGUGGACUUAGAGCCAACAUCACAAGCAAAAAAUGUACGUAAGCUUUGGGUCCUCGAAUACUGA